AUGUUUAAUAAAUUUUUGCAAUUUACUACAGUUUUGUUAGUUUUGAAAAGCAUUUUCAUAGAGGCCAAUAUCUUUUUGGAAUGCGAGGAUCCAGAGACAUUCAAUACAUUUGUCGCAAGUCAAACGGAUUGCUCAAGAUAUAUAUUUUGUGAUGGAGAUGAUUCAUUUGAGGGUGAAUGUCUCGAUGAUAAUUAUUUUAAUGAGAAAGAAGGAAAUUGCGAUGAUCCUGAUGCAGUGGUGUGUGCUAUUGAAACGGAUAUUGAGGAUAUUGAACCUAAUGAAGGUGUAGUCAUAAGUGGUACUAGUAUAGAUAAUGGAUUAUUUAAUAUCAAUUUUGUAACCGAUGUACCUGAAAUACAAAUAUUAGUAAAUAAUAAUGUGAAUGAGAUCAAUAGUAAUAAUGAACUUUCUUCUGUUAAUAAUGAAAAUGUUAAUACUGUAUUCACAAAUAGCAAUAAACAGAGUUCUGGUGGCAUACUUUCAACAACGAGUAAUAGUUUACUUAAUAAUGGGUUUAAUCAUCAAGCUCCGAAUGUUAUAAUAUCUAGUUUGGCUGUAAAUUCGAACAAUGUACCAAAUAUAAUUUCUUCAAAUUUUGCACAAUUCUUAUCAAAUAGUGCAGGACUUAUUGGACAGAGUGGAAAUUCUCUUGGCAACACUAUUGAGAAUACUCCAAAGGAAAUACCGCAAUGUCCUUUGUUGUAUGGUCUUAGCAAUAUGUUUAAUAUAGCUAAUCCAGAUUCAUGUGCUACAUAUUAUACUUGUUAUAAUGGCAUCGCUAUACCUAUGAUGUGCCAACGGCAUAUGUAUUUCAAUCCGGAUACUGGAAAAUGUGAACGCAGCGAGAAUGUUAACUGUCCGUUAAUUCGUCCCGUACGUCUACAAUGUCGCCAAGGAGUUUAUGAUUUUAUACCACAUCCACGGAAUUGUGAAUAUUAUUAUUUCUGUUCGAAUGGUUUUCUUAUGAUUUUUCAAUGCCCGUUUCAUUUUACAUGGCACUAUGAGCGUCGUACUUGCGUACAUCAUACACGGGCAAAGUGCUUCUCACAGGGAUUGUAGAGCACAUGUUAAUGGGUUAGAAUUCUGU